GAAGGUUUCCGAGCGGGGGUCGCGCUGCUCCGGCGGCGUUUCCGGAGAUUGCCGAGGGGCUCCGGCCCCUCCCCAGCCGCUGCCGAGCCCGUGACCGAGGCGCUCCGGUGGGUCGGAGCCCGGCGCGCCCGCUGCUGCUCCGGUCGCGGCGCGGGGCUCGCCGCCGUCCUCGUCCUCCUGCUGCUCCCGCUCCUCCGGCAGCGCCGGGCGCCGCGGUGACAGAGCGGGGCGAUCGGGGCGGGGGGCGGCCGGGGCUCCGGCGGCGCGGAUGGCGGAGGGCGGCCAGCCCCCGCAGCAGCAGCAGCAGCAGCCACAGCCGCAGCUCCUGGCCGGCGGCGGCGCGGGGUCCGCCCGCGGCGUGAAGCGGGAGCCGGAGCUGGAGCAGCCCAUGCCCGGCGGGGACGGCGCGGAGGGCGGCCACAGCAAGCGGCUGCGGACGGAGGCGGAGGCCGACGGCGGCGGCAUGCAGAACGAGCCUCUGACUUCAGGUUAUCAUGGCUAUCCAGCAAGAGACAAUCAAGGUAACCAGGAGCCAUCAGCAACUCCUGAUGCAAUGGUGCAGCCAUUCACCACAAUCCCAUUUCCACCACCCCCACAGAAUGGGAUUCCCACAGAGUAUGGGGUGCCACACACUCAGGACUAUGCAGGCCAGACCAGUGAGCACAAUCUGACACUCUACGGAAGCACGCAGCCGCAUGGGGAGCAGAGCACGAACACGGCCAGCACGCAGAACGGAUCUCUCGCACAGACAGAAGGAGGGGCACAGACAGAUGGACAGCAAUCACAGACACAGAGCAGUGAGAAUACUGAGAGCAAAUCCACUCCAAAACGACUUCAUGUGUCUAACAUUCCCUUCCGCUUUCGAGAUCCUGACCUUCGGCAGAUGUUUGGGCAAUUUGGCAAAAUCCUUGAUGUAGAGAUAAUCUUUAAUGAGCGUGGCUCGAAGGGAUUCGGGUUCGUAACUUUCGAGAAUAGUGCUGAUGCAGACAGGGCCAGGGAGAAAUUACACGGCACCGUGGUAGAGGGCCGUAAAAUCGAGGUUAACAAUGCCACUGCGAGAGUGAUGACCAAUAAGAAGAUGGUCACACCUUAUGCAAAUGGUUGGAAGUUGAGUCCUGUGGUUGGAGCGGUGUACGGCCCUGAGUUAUAUGCAGCAUCCAGCUUUCAAGCAGAUGUCUCGCUGGGCAAUGAUGCUGCAGUGCCCCUGUCAGGAAGGGGGGGUAUUAACACUUACAUUCCUUUAAUCAUUCCAGGCUUCCCCUAUCCAACUGCAGCCACCACAGCGGCCGCGUUUCGGGGUGCCCAUCUGAGGGGCCGAGGAAGGACAGUGUACGGGGCAGUGCGGGCAGUUCCUCCCACGGCCAUCCCUGCCUACCCAGGUGUGGUUUACCAGGACGGAUUUUACGGUGCUGACCUCUAUUUGACUGAAGAAAUGUUAACAUCCCGCUCUAAAUCUCUCAGUGGAGUCUCUGUUCCCUUCUCUGAUAUAACAGAUGGGGUGGAUAUGCAGCCUACAGAUAUGCACAGCCUGCUACUGCAACAGCAGCCACGGCCGCUGCAGCCGCUGCAGCAGCUUACAGCGAUGGUUAUGGCAGGGUGUACACAGCAGAUCCUUACCAUGCCCUUGCCCCUGCCGCUAGCUACGGAGUUGGCGCUGUGGCGAGUUUAUACCGAGGUGGCUACAGCCGAUUUGCCCCCUACUGAAGUGACGUGAGCCCCCUGCAAGCGGGACAGCCCCCCCAGUUCAUGAGGCCUGGCUAUUGCAAUAUUUACUAGUAGAGGAACUCUAUAGCAAGUCGAGGAGGAAAAACAAAAAAAAAACAAAAGAGAAAAUACUUUUUUAUACCUCA